UAGAAGAGCCCCGGAGCCGCAGGAAGGAGGUUCUGACCCGCCGGAGGAGGCGGACUCGGGUUCCAAGCAAUUAAAGGGCGCUGCCAUACAAACGUGUAAUCCCAGCAGAUCCUUCCCCGCGGGCUGGUGUCUCCUGAAAGCCUUCCGUGCGCAGGGUUAUCCGGGUGGAAGCUGACGAGAUGAUCCAGAAGGUCCUGAACUCCCGACACGUCCGCUCCAGGUGUCUGAAGGUCCUGCAGAGGCUGCGGACUCGUGGCCCAGGAGGCUCCGCGGCGAGUCGCGGCAUCCACGUGGACUCCCCCCCCAUCAUCCCAACGCUCACCUCCAGCUACGCCCACGGCACGUCGUCCACGUCUCUGCUGAACACCACGGUCGGGGGGGCCCUGCUGCGGACCGCCGAGCGCUGGCCCGACCGGGAGGCCGUGAUCUUUGUGAAGGACCGGGUCCGCAAGACCUUCGCUCAGCUUCAGCAGGAUGUGGAUCAGGCCGCGGCCGGUUUGCUGGCUCUGGGACUGCAGAAAGGAGACCGCCUCGGCAUGUGGGGACCCAACACGUACGAGUGGAUCCUGUUCCAGUUCGCCACGGCCCGAGCUGGCAUCAUACUGGUGUCGGUGAACCCAGCCAACAAGGUGCAGGAGGCGGAGUUUGCUCUGCGAAAGUCCGGCUGCAGAGCCGUCGUGUGCCCGUCUCAGUUCAAGACCCAGAACUACAGCGCCAUGCUGACCCAGCUGUGUCCCGGGAUCGAGGCGUCCCCCCCGGGGGACCUGAGGAGCGCCAGACUCCCAGACCUCCGCUGCGUGAUCCUUCUGGAUCGCAGGCAACCAGGGACGUUCUGCCUGGAGGACGUGAUGCAGGCCGGCAGCAGCCAGCACGCGCAGCAGCUCCAGGACCUGCAGAAGAAGAUCUCCACCGACGACCCCAUAAACAUCCAGUUCACUUCGGGAACCACCGGAGCUCCAAAGGGUGCCACCUUGUCCCAUCACAACAUCGUCAACAACGCCUACAUCGUGGGGAAGAGGGUGGGAUACACCUGGAACCCUUUGAACCGCAUCUGCCUCCCGGUGCCUCUGUACCACUGCUUCGGCUCCGUGGGCGGCGGCAUGUGCGUGGCCGUGCACGGCGUGUCCGCCAUCUUUCCCUCGCCCGGCUACGACGGGAAGGCCAACUUGGCGGCUCUGGAGAGCGAGAGAUGCACCUUCCUCUACGGCACGCCCACCAUGUUUGUGGACAUGGUCAACCAGCCCGACGUGGCUAAAUACGACUUGUCGUCAGUCCGAAGGGGCAUCAUCGGAGGCUCCCCGUGUCCUCCAGAGCUCGUGAAGAAGGUCAUUUCUGUGAUGGGCAUCAAGGAACUGAUUGUUGCAUACGGAACCACGGAGAACAGCCCGGUGACCUUCUGCCCGUCGCCCACGGACAGCCUGGAGAGGAAGUCCGAGACCGUGGGCUACAUCAUGGACCACAUGGAGGCUAAAAUCGUGAACCCCACAUCGGGUCAGGUGGUCCCUCUGGGGGAGACUGGGGAGCUCAUGACGAGAGGCUACAGCGUGAUGUUGGGCUACUGGGCUGACGAGGCCAAAACGCGAGACAGCAUCACCGAGAGCGGAUGGUACAAAACCGGAGACCUGGCCACCAUGGACGCGUACAGCUACUGCCGCAUUGAGGGCCGGAUAAAGGACAUGAUCAUCCGAGGGGGAGAGAACAUCUACCCGGCGGAGAUCGAACAGUUCCUGCACACGCACCCCAAAGUCAAGGAGGCGCAGGUGGUCGGGGUGCAGGACGCCCUCAUGGGGGAGGAGAUCUGCGCCUGCAUCAAACUGUUGGAGGGGGAGGAGUGCACUGCAGAGGAGAUCAAAGCUUACUGCAAAGAACACAUCUCGCACUUCAAGACACCCCGCUACGUGCUGUUUGUGACCAGCUACCCGCUGACCGUCACCGCCAAAAUCCAGAAGGACAAACUUCGCCAGGAAGCUGAGCAGCAGCUCGGAGUCAAGAAGGAAAAAUGAGACUUUUAGCGAAGGGAUGAGGAAAUUUGAAUACUGUGUACCAGGGGUCACAAAAUACGCCAUCAGAACCUCUCAACGCU